CAUGGGCCACACCAACUUCCUGUUGGGCCUGUGGUCCCAGGCGGUUUGCCGUGCAGCAGAGCAGUGACUUCACCUUCCGCCACAGACACACAGAACAUGGUCCCGACUGGCAUUCCGGUUCAGGAGCAGAACUUCCCCUCCCUGAAGAAGCAAGCAGGUCUGGACCACUGAGGCCAGCUCCAUGUAUCCAGAAUCGACCACGGUCUCCCCGGCUCGGCACUCCCUGCGGCAGACGGGCUCCCCCGGGAUGGUCUACAGUACUAGGUAUGGGAGCCCCAAAAGACAGCUCCAGUUUUACAGGAACCUGGGCAAGUCCGGCCUGCGGGUCUCCUGCCUGGGGCUCGGAACAUGGGUGACCUUUGGAGGCCAGAUCACUGAUGAGAUGGCAGAGCAGCUGAUGACCUUGGCCUAUGACAACGGCAUCAACCUCUUCGAUACCGCUGAAGUCUACGCAGCUGGCAAGGCUGAAGUGGUAUUAGGAAACAUCAUCAAGAAGAAGGGAUGGAGGCGGUCCAGCCUCGUCAUCACCACCAAGAUCUUCUGGGGCGGAAAAGCAGAGACUGAGAGAGGCCUUUCCAGGAAACACAUCAUAGAAGGUCUGAAGGCCUCUCUGGAGCGGCUGCAGCUGGAGUACGUGGAUGUGGUGUUCGCCAACCGCCCAGACCCCAACACGCCCAUGGAAGAGACCGUGCGGGCCAUGACCCACGUCAUCAACCAGGGGAUGGCCAUGUACUGGGGCACGUCGCGCUGGAGCUCCAUGGAGAUCAUGGAGGCCUACUCCGUGGCCCGGCAGUUCAACCUGAUCCCGCCCAUCUGCGAGCAGGCAGAGUACCACAUGUUCCAGCGCGAGAAGGUGGAGGUGCAGCUGCCGGAGCUGUUCCACAAGAUAGGAGUGGGCGCCAUGACCUGGUCCCCUCUGGCCUGCGGCAUCGUUUCUGGAAAGUACGACAGUGGCAUCCCACCCUACUCGAGAGCCUCCCUGAAGGGCUACCAGUGGCUGAAAGACAAGAUCCUGAGUGAGGAGGGCCGGCGCCAGCAGGCCAAGCUGAAGGAGCUGCAGGCCAUCGCCGAGCGCCUGGGGUGCACCCUCCCCCAGCUGGCCAUAGCCUGGUGCCUGAGGAAUGAGGGGGUCAGCUCUGUGCUCCUCGGUGCUUCCAACUCGGAACAGCUCAUGGAGAACAUUGGAGCAAUACAGGUCCUUCCAAAACUGUCAUCGUCCAUUAUCCACGAGAUCGAUAGCAUUUUGGGCAAUAAACCCUACAGCAAAAAGGACUACAGAUCCUAAGCUGCCCACCACCUGCUCGGACAGUUUCCGGUUCCCUCCUGUCUGUUCGCUCGCUUAUGCUGUUUUGACGCCAAGUACAGCGUGGGGUUUGUCUCCAAGAGAAAACCCCACGCCCAGACGUCAUCGGGAAAUGAUCUCCAGUCGCUGCCAGAUGCCACCCGCUGCUUCCCCAGACCAUGUCCAGCGUGAGCCCGGGAGAUGGCGUGGGUUAGGAAGGACCUUCGAGCAGUCCCACCCCAGCCUGUCGCCUCGGCUCAUCCUUGGAGAGGAAGCCAAGCUCCUCCCAGCCGUGACCCUUCGUGGCAGUUCCCAAGUCACAGCCAGGCAGAGACUUGGUUGGGUCCUCGGGGCAGGCAGAGUGGGCCUCUCCUCUACCAAGAACUGCCCCUGGGAAGGAGUCAGCACUUCCUGGAGCCCCCUGGCCAAGGCCCCGGUAGCUGGGGUCGGGCUCCCUAUCAGAGGCUUCUUCAGCCUCCUUUCCACAGGCUCCAGGUAUUCUGUGCUGGGCCCAACCUCAGAUCCCUUCCACCACCCCUCUCGACCCCACCCUGCCCGGGCCAUGUCCACCCAGCUAGCCCUUGGCCCCCACCCCACCCUUGCCGGCAGGGGCAGGGACCCCAGGGAGAUUGGCUCUGUGGUUUGGGACCCAUAAAAGUUUGUGGGUCUGACUUUUAGAUAACUGUCCCACCGUCUCCAACUCUGCCCACAGUUGAGAGGCCCCAUGCCACAGAGGCCCAGAGCACAUGGGAAGGGUCCCAGUGGAAUGGGCCCUGUCCAUGCCACAGAAGGCCCUGGGAAGCACAGUUAGUCACACCGUGGCUGCUGACCACCUGGGGGCAGGCGACAGUAGGCAGGGGCCAUAUGCCCCAGGCUGAUUCCUUAGGCCCAAGACCCUUCUCUGUCCUGUGGCGGAGCAGUGGCCCUGGGUUCUGCCCGGAGAACACGCUUUGGCUUAGUGAGGGAGAGCCUCUGGGGUUCCGUGCUGCAGGCCCAAUGACCAAGGGCCGUGCCACAGCCACAGUCCCCACAACAUAGGAAAAGACCCCAGGGACCCUCUCCCUGGAGAGACGCAUCCCCACCCAGGUCCAGGACAGGCUGGGGGAAGGGAGGGGGACAGGCGGAGCGUCAGCCCCUUUGCAGGGGGAGGCUGGAGGGAUGGCCAGGAAGCCCACAGGCUCGAGGGGCCCAGUCCURGGGUCCCACGGCCCUAGUGGCACCUAGCCUUUGCUGGCUCUGUGGGAGUGGGGCUCUAUGAAACCUGGCCCUGCCCUGUCCAGCCAGCAGGCUCCACCAGGCCCCGGGCAGGCGGUGGCUGCCCGCACCCCCCAGCRCAGGCACAUCUGUUCCUGCUCUGCCCUUCAGCGCGGCUGUUAUUCUGGGAAGGCUCCUCCCUGCCACUCCAAGGGCCUGCUGUCCAGGCCUGGCUGAGUGAAGGCCUGGGAAACAGCUGUAGGAAAACCACAAAGGACGGGGAGGAGGCGGGCAGGGGAGAGAGGAGGGAGGAGGCGGGCAGGGGAGAGAGGAGGCCAGGCACACGGUGCCCUCCAUUCCCCAUCCGCCUUCCUGAUGGCCCUGUAGGCUACCGUCCUCACCCUGCCCAGACAGACCCUGGGGUCCUCCACCAAGACCUGCUGCACCAGAAGCAGCCUGUGGGUUCCCAAGAGGGUGCUGUCCUUUUCCAGCGGAGGCCACUGGGCUGAGGCCACUCCCCUCCAUGCUGCUCCAAGAACAGUGUCCUGCAGUGGGCAGAGGGUGGUACUGAGGGCCAGGUGGCCCACCUCACUGGCAGGGAGCCCCGUUGGGAGGUGGUCUGCAGUGUGCAGUGGGGUCUGCGGCAGAGCUGCUGCGGGGAAAGCGGUGCCCGCUGGCCGUGUUACCAAGGCAAGGGAGGCAAGGGCCUGGGCCACACGUGCACACCCUGCCCAGAGCCCAGGCAGCCCCGGGUGGCACUUCCAGCAACAUGGCUCUGAAGCAUCUGUUCCUCUGGCAUCCACUUGCAGGGAGGACGGGGCUCUGCUUCCUGGGGGUGGUCCCCCGUGGGAAGGAGGUUGGAGGGAGUUGGGCAGGACCUCUGGAGAAGGAGCAGAGGGCCGAGGGCAGACUGAGCCUGGAAGGGGAGAGCCGCCCAGCCUCAGGGGCACCAGCACAGGUCUAGGACCAGCAGCUCUCCCUGGGUGCCAGGCCUACCUCCUGGGCCUCAGCUGCCGGCUGGCCCUGCCUGGCCACCCUCCAGCAGCCCCCACCCUCUUCUGGAAGCAGUUUGCCAAGCAGGGGCCCACUGGGCGGGCCCRACAUAGGAGAGGGCCCAGGGUGGGGGGGCAGCAGAGCCCCACUACUGCUCAUCCCAAACACAUGGUCAGAUCUGGGGUCCCGAGGAAGGCGCCCGGCCACCCUCUUCUCAGCCAGUCUGUAAAUCAAGCGCCCUCCCUCCCCCUUUCUCACGACCGUGGUUCCCCAGCUACCGCGUUCCCCACGGCAGACUGCCGCGCCUGCCUCCAGCUUCCCCACCAGACAGACCAGGACCCAGCCGCCUGUC